CGGAACUUCGGAUGCUUGGCCAUGAGGAUGAAAUGACUCUUUAGUAUGGCACGGCAAUCUGCAACCGGCGAAACGCGUGCCCCGUCCCAGCGAACAAGAAUGGCCGCAACGUGCAGACGUGCUACAUCAACCUGACCAGCUGCCACGGUGACUCGGGUGGACUCAUUUUCAACGCUGGAAAACAGGUGGCGGGCAAACCGGUAUCAGGCUACUCGGGGUCUCAGGACACCAAGAUGCCACGACGUCUAAUUAUGUGCCCAAACUUGUCAACAGUCGGCGGCAAUGCGCAAGCACGCCAUUCGGCCCGAGCUGGUUAUGGACCUGACUGUGACGAUUCGGCGCACGUCCGGAAAGGUCGGCUGCCUCUAGCCCUCCUCCGGGCCGUGCUCAGCGCAGAGUCCAUUCACACAGGAACAGCGCCGACAGCGACAUAAAGCCAAUCAUUUCCGUUGUAGCUAGCCUAGCGUCCCACGGCGUCCGUGAUUUCUAGGUCGUCUUGACCCGAUGGAACCGGCAUCCUCUGCUAACUUGGCGUUGCAGUAGGACCUUAACACUUCGAAAGCGGUCUGAUAAGUCUCCGAGUAUUUGAAGGCGUCGCACGAAGCAAGAAUCCAAGCCGGAAUCUUGUUUUAGCC